GGGAGCAGGCCGGCGGCAUGCAGGAGGAUGAUGCGAUGCACUCGGGAAGGGUAAGUGUUAUUCGGAGCGGGAGGAGCGCCCUUCAUCAUAAAUCACCAGUCGUCUAACGCGUGACGCAAGAUGAAGAUUGCGCAGAAGCUGCCGUGGUGCAAGAUGAGUCCCUCCAGUUACGUCCGUACCGUACCUACAGAUUAACUGCCAGGCAUUGUGUACAGACAGUAUCCGUUCCGAACAGUAGAUGCUUCUCGCCCGACGACGGCGACCGCUUGGGUUAUUAGGCCAACUCCUAGUUCUGUUUGGGCGUGGACAGGGCCAGCCGAGGAAUGGGGAAUGGGAAAUGGACUCCGUACAUACUAUCAAGUGUGCCUUGGGUGGAAUUCCAACAAAACAGUUGGCUUGGUAUCCCCAGUCUGCCCAUCGUAUGAACCGCUGUUGCAUUUGGCGGCCACGAGGCGAAUGGAACCGACUGAGUAAGGUACCUUAUGCUGCCCGGAAGGCCGCGAAUGCGACCGAGUGUACGCACCUCAGUCAUCAGUUGUUGACCAGUGGGGCAAGGGUACAAUAUCACUCAAGGGCGUGUGUAUCCUUGAGUUUCUGUGCCGCACUAGCAGUUGAGGCUGGCGGGAAGGUGCGUGGGAACGGCAGCAGAGUAUCCGUACCUUCCUGGCUCGCACUCUACGCUUGAUAGGUUCAGGUCCAUUGCAAGAAACAGAGGGGAAGAGGGCAUUGGAUGGAGGCGGGACGCCCUCCCCAACAGGAAGUCCCUCGGGCUUCG